GCGGAGCGGCCUGGCGGCGGGAUGACGCAGCCGGGGAUCCCCGCAGGGGGGAUUCCCUCGCAGGUCAAUGGGGCUCCCAUCAAUGCCUGCAAGAGAUCAAAGGGAAGAGAAACAGCCAAAGUAUCACAGGAUUUUCCUUGCCCCCUACGCACAUCCAAGGAUCAGUCGUCUCCAAUAGGCUAUUGUAAGGACCAAUCUUUAGCCUCUAUGUUUGUUCCUUUCGUUGUACACCCUGGGAGUCAUAAGCCUGAUUCGCUCAAGUUUGUCUUCUAUAAAUCAAAUUACUCUAAUUCGUACGCGCCAUUUUACACUGCGCAGAAGCCAACCUGUGGGUACCGGUAUUGCCGGGACACCGAUCACACCAGGAAGGUGAUGGACGUAGAGAGUGCAAACGUUGUCAAGUGGAGACCCAUUGUGGGGACAAAACCACAGUUGGUUACAAUAAACCCAAAGCAACGAAACUAACAGUAUGCCUGGCCAGAGCCUCUCAUUUGUACCGGAUAUUCUAGUGCAGUGUGUGUUGGUUGAAAGGGUAAGGUAAAGCUUAUUUGGAUGACUCUAGAAGACCACCUGGGAAAUACUGCAGGAGCUAAACUUUCACAGCAGCAUAGCAAACGGCUGUUGUAACUUCUACCCAACUCCUUCCAGAAUGCAGUGCCAUAGUGUAAACCUACCAUUGUGG